AUGGAGAUGCAGAAGCUGAAAGAGUACUAUGAAAAGACUUACCGCGACCACGGUUUUCUCUAUGGCACUGGAACAUUACUCGCUCCUCAAUAUAAAUUGAGUGCUUUCGAUGAUAGAGAGUACUCUACCUGCCACGAAGAUACGUCGAAACGGUACUGUGAAUACUUGAGAGCAUGUUUCACACAGUAUCAGCAGCAGAACCCCGAGCUGUUAUUCCGCACGGUGCAGCGCUCUUCCACUUUACAUAGCUCAGAGCUUGAUCGGCUACUUGAACCACCUGAUGCAUCGAUGCUCCACGAAGGGGCAGAGUAUGACGAAGUGGACCAGUAUCUUAGAGAA